UAUAGUGGUGAGCAUAGCUGCCUUCCAAGCAGUUGACCCGGGUUCGAUUCCCGGCCAACGCAGUUAUUUUUGCCUUUGUAGUUCCUUUAUGAUUGAGCCUGCAUUGUGGCACCUGCGUCACAGCUAUAAAUAGGGUCGACAAUAAGGAUUACCAAGUAAACAUACAAAGAAUUUCCCUCAAAUACUAGCUAAAAUUUGAAACAUUCUCAAUCAAGCAAUUAAUUGAACAACAGCUUGUCUGCUCGUGUUGCACCUUUAUUUGCCCCGUUUUAUGCUCAUUGUAUGCUCCCAUUUGCUUGGGCUCGCCUGUGGUUGGUUUUAGAUGUUGUAAUAUAGCUCAAAUGAUGUUUUGAUGCUGAUGCUCCGUUGUGCUCCGCCCCCUCGAAACUGUCCUGGGUGAUGAAAGGAACUCUCUGAGCCAAGAGCUGACAGACACAGCUGACUUCCAUCCUGAGUACCAGGCACACGCUUCCAUUGCAUCAAGUCAAAAAGUAUCCUACGCACCAUGGCAUCGGACGAAUUGGCGAGGAAACUGCAGCCCAGGCUGGCCGCGGAGCCGGCUCCCCUAUUCAACCCGUUUACUCCAGAGGAGACAACGGUGAAAGCGAGCGACCCUGUCCCUGGUCCGCAGAAAAAAGCGGUGGUGGUCAUUGUCAAUGAUGACACAUCGGAACUCACCGCGAAACUCACCCGGAGACUGUGCAUCAACAAUGGGAACGCGGCGUCCAAGCAGGCCAAGGUGUUCAAUCCCUACACGGAAUUCAAAGAGUUCUCCCGCAAACAGAUCAAAGACAUGGAGAAAAUUUUCAAACGGUUUGACAGUGGUAAGGACGGCUUCAUAGACCUGAUGGAGCUGAAGCUGAUGAUGGAGAAGCUGGGAGCUCCUCAGACCCACCUGGGCCUCAAGAACAUGAUCAAGGAGGUGGAUGAGGACUUCGACGGCAAGCUGAGCUACAGAGAGUUCCUGCUGAUCUUCAGGCGAGCAGCUGCAGGCGAGCUGCAGGAGGAGAGUGGUCUGAUGGCUCUGGCCAGACUGUCUGAGAUAGACGUCUCCACAGAGGGGGUCAUGGGGGCACGGGACUAUUUUGAGGCUAAGGAUUCUACUUCAGCAUGUCUUACGCCACAUCCAACCUCUAGUGGAUAGAAAGAGAAAUGCAGUGACAGUGUGUGUGUUCUGUGCUGUUUUUGAGUCUGUUACAUCAUCCAAUGUUUCAGGUACAGAUUUAGAGUGGUGUUAUAUAAUCCUUGCUGGAUUGUAGAUCUAAGUGUGUUGUAUGGUGCAGGUGCAGGCUCUGAAGGUGGGCAGUAAGUUUGAGGCUGAGAUCCGAGAGGAGCAGGAGGAACGGAAGAGACAGGAGCUAGAUAGGAAACAGAGACAGGCUGCUUUCAAAGAGCUGCAGUCUGCCUUCUGCUCUUAACACAGUAGACACACACACACACACACACUAAAACAUCCAUGAUCACACGCAGACUUACAUGCACAGAAAGGGAGGUUUUAAAGUAGUUCCACAGCUUCCCUGGAUACACUAAUAAGAAUAUUUUAUUGAAUAAUGCAAGAGAUUGCUAAUACGGUUAUUGUUAUGAUAUGGCUAUUAUGAUUAGUUGAUAUUAUUGUUCUAAUUAACAUGAUUAUAUUAGCUAUUAUACACAAUAUUAUCACAUAUUUUAAAACAGUGAGGUCAUGCCUAUUUUAAGGAAAUAGAUUUUUCUAUUUUCCAUCAAUAAUUUAAUUGUUUGAUGUACAUUACUGAAAAGGUUUUGUGGAGCAAUGUAUUGACCAAUUGAUGUGUAGAAGUUAAAGGAAUGUUACAAUACCUGUGUCAAAAACAAUUUCUCGACAUUUUGUUCUGUUGAAACAUUUUCAAAAUCACUCUGUGAAUCAACGUUUUUACUUUUGGCAGAUUGUACUAUUAUAUUGAAUAUUGACCUGUAAUCCAUGUUUGUUUAAUUUCUAGAAACAUGCCAUCAUGUAACACUGUAGCAAUAUGUUGUCUUAUGGGUUCUGAAAUUAAAAGGAAAUGGAUGUAUUGUAUUUUUCCAUAAAUAAAACAAUGGUAAUCACA